CGGGGAGCCGUGCGCGAGAAAGAAGCCGCCGGGAGCGGGGCGCGCGCGAGAGAAGGACUGCGCCUGCGCGCGCGGGAGAGCGGGCAGCCCGCUUCUUAAGGGCGCCUGCGCAGGAGGGUCCGCCAGCCAGGUCUGCUUCGCCGCCCGCGUAGUGUGUCUGGCUGCUCUUUGCCUGAAGCGGGGCCGGCGGGGUAAAAAGAGCAAAAGUAUUCUGGGCCCCAGGUAAAAUACUUGUGUUUAUGUCCGGCGAACACAAUCUCCACAGCUAUGGGCGAAUAUAGCCGCUUUAUAGACUGGGAUAAGAUGGAUUCCACCAUCCAGGACCAAGAUGCAAAGGAGCUGAGCAGCACAGAACUCCAGGACUUGAAACAGCUGGCCCGUCAGGGUUAUUGGGCCAAGAACCACACCUUCAGAGCCAAAGUGUAUCACAAACUCAUCAGCGAUAUCCCUUGCCGCACCGUGACUCCAGACGCCCACGUCUACCGGGACAUCGUAGGGAAAAUCAUGGGCAAACGUAACAGCAGCAGCCUUCCGCUGCCAGAAUUUGUGGACAACAGCCUAGUCCCCACUUACUGCCUAAAUGCCGAGGGCGUCGGGGCCGUCCGGAAGAUCAUCUCCUGCAUCGCGAGCCAGUUCCCAGACAUAUCAUUCUGCCCGGCCCUGCCUUCGGUGGUGGCUCUCCUCCUGCAUUACAGCCGGGACGAGGCGGAGUGCUUUGAGAACGUCUGCCGCAUCCUUGCCUGCAAUGACCCCUCCAAGCACUUCGUUGAUCAGACGUUCUUGGCCUUCGAGUCCUCCUGCAUGACCUUCGGCGACCUGGUGAACAAGUACUGCCAGGCGGCGCACAAGCUGAUGGUGGCCGUGUCGGAGGACGUGCUGGAAGUCUAUUCGGACUGGCAGCGGUGGCUCUUUGGAGAACUGCCCAUGAUCUACAUCGCGCGGGUCUUUGAUGUCUUCUUGGUGGAGGGCUACAAGGUGCUCUACCGUGUCGCACUCGCCCUUCUCAAGUACUUCCACAAAGUGAGGGUCGGGCAGACCAUGGAGUCAGACAAUGUGCAGCAGGACAUCCGAGCAUUUGUCAGGGACAUUGCCAAAUCGGUGUCCCCCGAAAAAUUGCUAGAAAAGGCGUUUGCCAUUCGGCUCUUCUCGAGGAAGGAGAUCCAGCUCUUGCAGAUGGCCAACGAGAAGGCCCUUCAGCAGAAAGGCAUAACGGUCAAGCAAAAGAGCCUUGCAUCCCCCCGAAGACAGAAUGUCCACCUGGCGGUUCAUGCCGAAAACUUCAAGUCGGAGAUUGUUGAUGUGAAGAAAAUGAGAGACAUCUGGUCCUGGAUUCCUGAACGCUUUGCCCUCUGCCAGCCUCUACUGCUUUUUACCACCUCCGAACACGGCUGCAGCCUAAGCCGGUUCUACUCACACUGUGAGGGACACGAACCAACUCUCCUCCUGAUUAAGACAACCACCCAAGAGGUUUGUGGUGCUUACUUAUCAACCGACUGGAGUGAACGCAAACGAGGAGGAAACAAGCUGAGUUUCUUUGGCACAGGGGAGUGCUUUGUGUUCAGGCUGGUGCCCGAAGUGGAGCGCUACGAGUGGGUCAUCAUCAAGCACCCUGAGCUCGCCAUGAGCGGGUUGGAGCAAGGGAACAACUCUUCCCAGGCUUCUGAUGCUCCGCUCUCCUCCAAUCCCUCCUCGGAUCCUUCAGACCGCCUCUCCCCCUUCCUCUCUGCCCGGCACUUCAACCUGCCUUCCAAAGCUGCCUCCAUGUUUAUGGCCGGGGCCAUUGAAUGCAUAAUCAUAGGCGGCGGCGAUGGCCAAGCUCUCUACAUCGACGCAGACCUGAACCACGGGAGGACAGGCCACUGCAACACCUUCAACAACCAGCCGCUGUGCUCCGAGAGCUUCCAGAUCGCCAUCAUGGAGGUCUGGGGCUUCCAGGACACGAUGAGCAGCUGAGGCCGCUGCCCCCGCCACGUUCGCAACCACCAGCCCCUCGAGACUCUCUGGAUCCCAGUUGCAAGAGCCGAGCUCAACCUCCGGACCGACAGUGGGCAGGCUCUUGGUCCUCGAACUCCCUUAAACGCAGGGCCUGGUUGUCCUGCCACCGUAUUUAUUGAUAGGUCGCUUGUGGUUCAUCCUGCACAUUCCUUAGCCGCCUUACCUCGGUAGACCUCUCUUCCUAUCCUGAUUCGCUUUGGCAACCGGGUGGCGAUCCUUCCCACCCCAAGGCCGGCGCGGAGCCAUGUUGGAACUGCCACGGCAGAGCCUCUGCGAGGCCCGAGGAGUUCCUGAUUCUGGCGGAUGUCUGUUGCCAGGUGGCUUCACCCAGCAGUAUCGGUUGUCUGUUUACAGCAGCUUCAAAUUCCUACCAACACAGGCCUGGUUUCAGCACGAUCCGUGUGUGUGUGUGUGUGUCUGUGUGUGUGUGUGCGCAGAAGUGAUUAUGUUGCCGAUUCUCCCCCACUCCCACUGCCACCCCUUGGCUGCAGAGCACGUCGUCCCAAAGGAUGCCUUCACCCCCAAGGAGAAGCAAUCCAGGGGGUUGCAACGUGGGGUGGAGGGGGAUACCUCAGCUGGAUCUGUGUGCUGUUCUCUGGAGCCAAGCUGUUUGUGGUCUAAAAUCGGUUUCCUCCAUCUGUUGGAAUGGGGUGCCUGUGCAUAACAUUCAUUUGACUGUGCAAGGUGGGUGGAAUAAAGCGGAGUCAUUUGGAAGUGACGGAAGGCUUUCCACCACCCUCAAGUGCUCCUCUCUUGGGCAUCCAGUGCCACGUGCUACCCCUGCUGUUCUGUUUACAUUCCUGGUGUUGCAUACCAGUAUGAUCAGUGAGGUUUUUGGUGGGGCAGAUUCUGGCAGCCAAAGACCUAUAUGCAGUGCACAGACCCCCCAUUCUCUUCUCCCCACCUUCUGUCAGCAUCUGAGCUGUUGCUCCGCUCCUCUGCCAAAAGAAAGUUGGCUGGAGCUUGAGGAAGCUGUACUGACCUCUCACCUCGGCAAAUGAAAGCCAUCUUCUUUGAUCAGGAGAAUGAUUGGUGCUUUUAUCAAUCUCUUGUCUUAAUUAGGAAUUGACUGUUCUCCCCAGAGGCUCUAGGGGGCGCUCUUGUCUCGGUAAUGGGUAGCUUUCUGACCACUGAAGAUUCUUGUACAGCCUUUGCCCGUCUCAUUAUCCAGCUCUCCUUCCAGUGCAGUUUGCCUGGAGUGAGCCGAACGAAGCUGUAAGCCUCAUACUGAAGAAAUGCCCUCUCUGUAAGGCACAUCUGCUUUGCCCGCCCCCUGAGUGUCCUGAUUGGCUGUGAGCAUUGUCCAUUUAGCAAAUGAAGGAGAGUCUUGUCAGUAUUAUCAUACAUAUCUAGUAUCCUAUGCAAUGAAUUGCAGUAAAGCGGAGAGUUUGGAGGAGGAUGUGGAUUUUUCUUUCACAGACAUGGCACAGCUGCAAACUGGCCUGUUAGUGUUGGCUUAUAGACAAGGUAAACUCAAUUUGGAUGGAAAUGGGGAUUUGAAGGGAGCAAGAAACUGUUAUGUGACCCAAGGCAUGCCAUAGAACGCGGUACACUUUGGCCUCUGAGGCUGCAGGUGGUCAAAGUUGGAAGGUUUUUUCCUCUGUUCAAAGAGUGUGUUGCAGGAUCUGGUGUGUCAUAAGACAGGGUUCAACCCUUUUGCGUCCCAAGUUGACCAGGCCCAGGCUUCUGAGGGCUGAUGCAGGCAAGGAGAAUCGGCCGUUGCAUGACGCCUCACUGCUGAAGCCAGUUGCUUGUGAGAGCUGGUGAAGCUUUAUCGGCAACAUCGUCUUGUGAUAUGGUGGUUGCUGGUGGCGAUCCUGGUUGUCUUCUGUCAUAUCCAUUUUUACAGCCUUCACUGCACUCGAGGAAUGACCCCCAAAUAUUCCAUUAAUGCAGAAAUCCUAGCAAUCAAGUUGUGCAUGCUCAGGCAUGGAGUCUAUCCAUUGACAUUGCAUUGUGAAAAUUAAAAUGGGAGUCUGUGACUGCCCAAGCGGGAGGUGAAACUGAUACGGUGGCAGGAUUGGGAGGGAUACGGGCAGUCAUGCCCCGAGAUCCGUUUGCUACUGCAUCACUUUGGGCAAACACGAAAGCGGCUUUUGUCUCCUCUGUAACAUCUCCCCAAACGGGGGUAUAAAUGAACCAACGGUCAUCAUCUUAUGAACAGUUCCUGAUGUCCUCUCUUGGAACCCAGGCCCUAGGUGUGGCGAAUACUGAGCAUGCUGAUGAGAUUUGUGUGUGAAAUGUUGGUUUUUGAUGGUUGGGAAGGAGCUACUCUAGAGCAGGGAUUCUCAGCCUUGGGUCCCCAGAUGUUACUGGCCUUUAACUCCCAUAACCCCCAGCCAAAGGCCACUGGGCCUGGGGACUAUGGGAGUCGAAGUCCAAUAACAUCUGGGGACCCAAGGUUGAGAAUCCCUGCUCUAGAUCAUGACCUCUGUUGCUUAGCAGGAAAUAGUAGGGCUGUUCUCGUGGUUAUUAUUAAGGUAAGAGAAGCUGCUUAACCUGGUUCAGGAGCUGUGUGAACUCCUUACUUCUGAUUGUCUGAGCAGCUCUUGAACUAAGGUAGGAGGCUUCUCCUCCCCGAGUAAUCAUCAUGAGAACUGCUCCUGAAUCACGAAACUCGAUGUAUGUACUAGAAAGUUUCCAGCCUCUUUUGGUGGGGGAGGAGGUCAAGGGAAACGACUCACCUGCCCAUGUGGUCUGCAGUGUUAGACCCCCUCAUGGACGCUUUCCUUAAUUCACCAAGAAAACCAUGCUUAAGAGGGCACUACCUAUUUUUCCAUUUGAGAUGGAGCUUAGGAAUCUCAUCUUUUUUCCUCUGUGAGGAGGAUGGAAAAGAGAACAGUCAUCACCUCUGGUUAAACUCCAAAAUACCAAGAAUGCUUUCCGUUCUCCAGCUUGGGUCCCCAGAUGUUGGACUACAACUCCCAUCAUCCCCAGCUGCAAUGGCCUCGGUAGCUGGAGGUGAUGGGAGUUGUGGUCCAACGGCAUCUGGGGACCCAAGUUGGAGAACGGCUGCAUUAUAGCAAAACUUGAAAAAGAAGCCCCCUACAUAUCGGAUGGUGAUUAAUCCCAGCACUAGUGUGAAAAUAUAGCACCUGUGGAUUCUGUUUGUUUCACACUGAAAUGGAUCCUCCUUCCUGCCUCUCGGAGGUACAUGUCCUAGUUUUCCUCUGGAAUAUGAUUUUUUUUUUAACUUCAGCAGUCACCAUGGUAAUGCUGCAUGAUAUUGCAAGCAGGCAAGGAAACGUGCCCUCCUGCAGCUGGGGCAGAGCAACCUGGGGGCUGAGGAGCUAUAUCUGAAAGCUGGGGAAGGCCAGCUAAGAAAGAUCUCAGUUGCCAUCUCUCGCAUCGCUCUGUAUCGGUUGCCGUGUCUCGUCUCGAAGUGAAUGUUUUGUACCUGGCUAGAUCUCGUACAUGUGAAUGUGCCGAUUUCUAAACCUCUUCCUCUUGUGGGGUUUCCCCCGGAAGCAGCUGUAUCACUCUUGCCCUGUGAUGUCUGCCCCUCUCCUAAACUCCCUUUCCUUGCCCAGUUGUUUGGCAACUGUCUGUGUAUGUGUGUGACUCUGUGGCCACACAGAAAUCCGAUUGACUUUUCUUGGAAAAUAAACUCUAGACAUGAUUUAA